GUCCUCGGCUGAUGUUGUGUCGCGGAGAUACUGCUCAUGGAAGCAGUUGUCAUGGAAAUGGAAGAGGUCCCAGCGUCAGCUCGAGAUCCUGUUGCCAUGGAAAUGCCGGUAGGAGAUGCUCCCUCUGUGGCAGGAGACAAGGGGCGCAGCGCUAAGCCGGAACAGGACGAGCCGCGAAAGCUUACUCAGCACCGGGUAGGCGCGCGUUGUGUUGGUUCCCCGUUUUCCCCGAGGAAUUAUUAUAUGCUGAUCGUGAUAGGAGAAAUCGCCACAGAGGAUCAGCUUGAGAACACCAAAGAGCACAUCAAACGCGGACUGAGAUCUUGGGACGUUGAUCUGACCGUCUGUGACCUGAACAGAGAACUCCAGCUCUUCCAGAAACACCAUUCCGCCCAGUUCUCUCAUGAGGUCAAAGGACAAAGAAUCCUACAAUACAAGAGUGAUGUUCUUGAGACCGUUGUCUUAGUCAACCCUACUGAGGACACAACUGCUACUGAGAUUCAUUCUCUGCUCACAUACUCUGCUGGGCAGAAGCUUCUCGUGCUCAGUGGUCAGGUUUCAGACCAGGCUGGUGACAUCAUACUGCAAAGUGGAGUCUUCACCUGCAAGAAUUUCUCAGACAUUAUUACUGAUCCUGUGGUUAAAGAUCUCCUAAGCAAGUCGGCUCAGCAGCAGAAAGCCAAUCUCACCGUGUCCUGCCAGGGAGAGGGGGGCUGGAGCUCCUUGGGCCUCAUAGAGGAGCAGAGCUUUCGGGAGGUCCUGGACUACCGUCUAAACCCAGACCCCACACUGCCAGAAAUGGAAGGAGUCACAGAGUUCACCGAGUACAUCUCGGAGACAGUGGAUGUCCCAUCACCCUUUGAGCUCCUGGAGCCUCCCACCUCCGGAGGGUUCCUGAAGCUGUCCAAACCCUGCUGUUACAUCUUCCCUGGAGGCCGGGGAGAUUCGGCCCUGUUUGCCGUGAAUGGCUUCAAUAUCUUGAUCGACGGUGGAUCUGACCAGAGGUCUUGCUUCUGGAAGCUAGUGAGACACUUGGACCGUAUAGACUCAGUCCUUCUGACACACAUUGGGGCAGACAAUCUGCCAGGGAUCAAUGGUCUUCUCCAAAGGAAGAUUGCAGAGCAGCAGGAGGAGGAUCAGGCGCAAGGCGUCAAUGGCUACGGUGAUUGGACGAAGAACCUGAUCUCACCGGAGCUUGGCAUUGUGUUCUUCAACGUUCCCGAGAAGCUACGAUCACCUGAAUCAACUUUGAAAGUGAAGAGGAGCAUCGAGGAGGCCUCACUAACUCUGCAGUACCUCAGCAAGCUGGGAAUUAAGCCUGAGCCGCUCAGCAGGGGUGUCAGCAACACCAUUGAACCUGUCACUCUCUUUCACAAACUGGGCGUCGGCAAACUGGACAUGUAUGUCCUCAAUCCUGUGAAGGACAGCAAAGAAAUGCAGUUCUUCAUGCAGAAGUGGGCAGGGAACAGCAAGGCCAAAACUGGCAUUGUGUUGCCUAACGGGAAAGAAGGGGAAGUAUCUGUACCGUAUCUUACGUCUGUAAGUGCCCUGGUGGUCUGGCUUCCAGCCAGCCCUACAGAGAAGAUUGUAAGAGUUCUGUUCCCAGGCAAUACUCCACAGAACAAGAUAUUAGAGGGACUUGAAAGGCUAAAGCACCUGGAUUUCUUGCGAUACCCUGUUGCCACUCAAAAGGACAUGUCGUCUGGGGCUCCACCACCAGUUAUUAAGCAAACCAAAAUGAAGCCGAGGACAGAUAGUAAGGAAAGCCUAAAAUCCUCCCCGAAACCGAAAGCUAGCAAGAAAGAAACAAAUGGGCUUGAUGAUGCAGAAUCCAAGAGUGACUCGGUCAAAGAGAUCAAAGUGGAGAAGAAAGAGGUUAAAAAACUGAAGGAAAGUGUCAAUGCGUCCAAACCACCAAAAGCCAAGGAAAUCACGACAAAGACAGCCAAUGUGGAUAAACCGGAGAAAAAGAAACUUCUCAAAGAAAAGUCACUGAAAAAGCACAUCAACGAGAGGGCAUCUAAGAUGGAUGAAAAGAAGGAUAAAGAAAAGAAAGAGAUAAAGAAGGAGAAACGGGUCAAAAAAGAGGAUGGUGUAAAGAAAGAGGAGAAAAAAGAAACCAAGGCGAAGGAAGAGAAAAAGAAGGAAGCCACUAGUAAACCAGAACUAAAGAAAAUCACUAAGCCAGACCUGAAGCCCUUCACUCCUGAGGUCAGAAAGACUUUGAACAAGGCCAAGGUGCAGGCAAAGCCCAAGACGGACAAAAACAAAGUGGCUAAAGAAUCUGCUGAAAAAAAGGUACCCCCAAAGCAGUCUUCCAAAGAACUCCUGGAGGACAGGUCCUUGCUCUCGUCUCCUGAGGAUCUUACCAAGGACUUUGAGGCAUUGAAGCAGGAGAUAGAAAUGGAGCCAAUCAAGACUGGUGGGGUGUUGCCUGUGGGAGCCCUUGCAGGUGACAAAGUCCUCCAGGCUGUCCCUCCUGCAUUCUCUGAUACUGAAGUCCCCCACAUUACGUCUCUAGGUGAAGGAACAACCACAGCAGAUGUUAAAACUGAAUCUCCUCGUGAGGACAAGGAGCCACUGAAAGAGGAAAAAAGCCAACCUCAAGGAAAAUUCUCAGAGAAAUAUGAGGAUGAGGGUGCUGAUUCAGAGGAUGACGAAGAGGAAGAAUACAACAUGGACACUAUCAAAAGGAAACCCCUUGUGGCUAAAGGAUUUGAGGAGAAAAACAAAAAUUGGCAGGAUGUUAAAGACACCAAAGAGGAUGUCAGAAUGAAGCCAAAAAAGAAUGAGAGUGAGGAAGAAGAAGAUGUCAUUGAGAAGGCAGAGCUGGAGGAGGCUGAAGAUAUAGUUUGUGAGGAUGAGUUUAAGUACAAAACUGAUGAAGUGAAAAAAGAGAAAAUUGGCAAGGACUGGGAAGACAAAUCCCUUGAAUCUAAAGCUGGCCAAACUACCAGUGCCUCAGAGAAUAUCUCUUUCAUUCAAGAUGAGACUAUCCCCGGCUACUCGGAAACUGAACAGACCAUUUCUGAUGAAGAGAUCCACGACGAAUCUGAAGACAGGAUUCCUCACCUCCGCUAUGAUGUUGGCUCCUAUGACAUUUCUGUUCCUGAUAAGCCAGGUUCCUUCGACACCCUCCAUGGCAUGAAGGAAAUGAAAGCCUCAGCAAUGUCCGGUUUGUCUGCUUUCUCAGCAAAAGGCUAUAUGGGGGGCCAUGAAUCUACCUUAGGGUACGCUUCCAAUGUUGUCAUAUCGGCUCCUCUGGCUGAGGAAGAACACAUUUCUUCAGCUACUUCUAUCACCGAAUGUGACAAAUUGUCAUCUUUUGCUGCCUCCAUCACCGAGGACCAGUCUAUUGCCUCUGUGACGGCCCCUCAAACAGAAGAGACUUGCCGAAGCUCUCUUCUUCUGGAUACUGUGAACAGCAUCCCCUUCUCUGUUCGCACUGAUGCCACUGCGGGGAAAGAGUACUUACAUUCCGCAGGGACUAUCUCACCAACAUCCUCACUGGAAGAGGACAAGUGUUUCAAGUCUCCUCCCUCUGAGGAGUAUCAGCCCCUAGUGCCAGACAUGGAGGCUGGUCUUAAGACCAUCCCCAAGGCCCAGGAGGAAGAUGAUGAUGAUGAUGAAGAUGAGGACCAGACACCCAAUGCUGACAUUUCACUCAGCAAACUUCAUGAAGGAUAUGCAUCCUCCUCUUUUCUCCAGGACAAAGACAAAGACUUCAAGAAGUCUCCCAUUUCAGUGUUUCCUCCCUCUAUCUCUCCACUGUCAUCAUUUCCUCUUAAAGUGCAAGAGGACAAACACGCCUCUGUCUCUAAGGACGAAACUAAAAGUGACUCCACUGAAAAAUCAUUCUCUCCAUCCCCAUAUUUCUCUGGUGCUUUUGAUAGAAGUGCUGGCUCCGAGAGUGAGGGCCGUGAUGACAGCACUGCCAGGAUAGCCUCUCCCACGCUGUCAGGGCUGACCAGUAGUGGGCACUCACCCACAGAGGACAGGACACCAAAGUCGGAGCCCAAGGUGGACAAAUUUGAAUCUGAACAUGACACAAAGACAAUUACUCCUCUUCAAGGGAAGGAUAGUGAGCCAAUAGAAAGGGGGUUCUCCAGUGACAGGGCUACUUUCGAUGAGUCAGAGGAAGAGGAAGAGGAAGACAGUGAGGAUGACUACUUUACCAAACAGGACAAAGAGAAGGAAAUUCUUGGCAAGUCGAAGUUUGACGAGGAAAGGGAAGGCACAUUCUUGGAUGAAGAGUACACCUGUGAGCCAAAGUCGCUUAAAGAUGGGAAGUUGUUGGACAAGGAUGGAACAGAAAAGAAGGACAAGGCCGAUUCAGCAUGGGAGAAGAAACCUAAAGCUGAGUUUCAAGACUCAGAUGAGGAUGAUGAUGAUGAUGAUGAUGAUGAUGAUGAUGAUGAUGGUGAUGAUGAUGAUGAACCCUCAGAUGUCCUUAUCUCAGGAGUGACUGUGGCUGGACUUUAUUCACAGACAAGCAAAUCUGAUACCAUGUGUACAAAAUAUGGCCAAAAAGAAACAUCAGACAAACAAGACCACCCUUCAGUAGGCUUCAAGGAAAGUGAACGAAGUGUACACUUUGACCAGGGCUCCUUUGCGGAGCGUGAGAACCGAAAGAAGGAGUUUGCAGAAACAAGACAAGACACUCCUUACGUAGACGGGAAAAGUUUCACUUACUCUGACAUUUAUGACAGCCAGUCAAGUCCAACUGACUUGUAUGGAUAUGGCUCUGAGAGUCAGAAGGACCAAACAGAAAAAAUUGAUAAAGCUGACUCAAAGGAAACACAGAAAACAGAAUCAUUCCAUUCAAUGGGAAUGGAGAAAAAAGAUGACAAAGAGGCACCUUUCAGCUCACAUGGAAAAGAUUCUGCAACACCAUCAUUGACCGAGCCUGAUUUCAAAACCACAAGCAGCCUAUCAGGCUUCGGCGCUAUGUCUGUGAGACCUCCUACCGACACAGCAAGUGAGACAGAAAAAGAGUGUGUGCAAAAAACUGUACAAAUGAGUUCCCCUUUCUCAGGUCAUUCUACAUUGGGUAGUUCUUCUACAGGCAAAACCGUGAGCUACCUUGGAAAGGAAGCUGCUUUGGACAGAGAUGUGAUACGAUCAGUAUAUGGUCAAGGGUACAAUGAUGAAGAUGAAGAUGACGAUGACGACUCAGAAGAUGAAAAGUACAAGAUUGCUUUUGAGAAAGACAGUAAGGUUAAAUCUGAGAAAGAGUCAAAGAAUCCAUUUGACUUUGUGCCCACCUCAAAACCUGAUGUCAAAGAUGUUAAAGACAGCAGCACACAUGAAAGUGACUUUGAGACAAUCUCUGGAAAAGCCGCCGGAUCUGGUCCUUUUGGAUUCUCAAGCAGCACCAAAGCCACUGAGGAUCUGUCACAGUUUGGAAAAGGUGAUUCUUCCUCCCCCUUUUCCGCAAAUAAGACUUCCGCUGGUCCAGCAGGAUUCUCCUCUGGUUUUGACUACUCCUAUGGUGGUGAAAAGGAGUCUCAAGACAAAGACAAGAAGCAAACCCAUGACCAGUCAUACUUACCUCUAUCAAUGAAGAUGACUGAGGAUAAAUACUACCAUGGUGACAAGGACCAGGACACUGACAAGCAGAAGACGCCUGACAUCCUGGGUAAAAAAUCAGGUGAUUCGGUGUCACUGGGCUUCAGUUACACCACCACUGCCACUGCCUAUUCUUCCUCCUCCUCCUACAGCCACUCCUCCUCAGCCUCAGCCUCCCUAAACACCAGCCGCCAGUUUGGAGAGGACCCCGAGACACCUGCCAGCGCCGGCUUCGAGUACUCCUCCUUCAAAGAUGAACACUCCCUGGUCAUGGACUCCCCCUUUUCAAGUUCCAGUGGGCUGGUGAAAGACGAGUACCUUGAAGUCUCAGAGAAGCUCACGCCUGCCACCACCACAGCGGAGUCCACCUCGAGUCUUGCUCGAUUCUCACCCCUUAGCCCUUUUGAGGAGAUCAAGCCAUUCCCGGCACAGUCCACAGCCUCAAUGGAUGACAAGAAAGAACCUGCAAGUGCUGCUGGAGCUAUGUCAGCUUCACAACCAGCAUGCUUUUACAAACCGGAGUGGUCCGAUGACUCAAAGAGUCAAGGGUUUGGUGCAUCUGGGCCGUAUUCUCAACUCAUCCAGUCUGCAGGAAAAGACCCCAUGAAGGACGUUUAUGGAGCACCUCCAAAGGCUCACACAGACUUGUCUGAAAAACAGUACUAUGAAGACACUGAGAGUGAAAGUGAGGAGGAAGAAGACUAUGUCUGUGAAACCAAGCUCAGCAAAUCACCAAGCCAAAGAUCUCCAUUUGAUACCUACACUACAGACAGCAGGGAAGGAGUCCUGUCUAGUGUGUCGGAGAAAAAGGCGACAUCACCUUCUGGCAAAGCUCUCCCUGAUGUCCUUACUUCAUAUGGAUCCUCAUCAUCCACAAAGCCCGACUCCUCAAAUGGACCUGCCGAGGUAACCAUGAGCCCACCAAAUCCUUUUGGUCUGGCCAGUGGGAUGGUGUCCAGCCAGGCUACACCAGCGCUGAGAGGAGCAGAGGCUGAUGUUAGCAAAGUGAGGAGUCCCUUUGAGUGGGAGCUGCAGCAGCAAAGAGGAAUCUAUCCAGGAGCAUCUCCUCCUCACUACAGACAUGAGGAUGAGUAUGAGGAAGAGGAGGAGACGGAACCAGAGAAUCCUCCUCGCCCUCUCUCACUAGCGUCUGCCGACCAGACCUUCCAUUCCUCUUACUAUACCGAGGAAAGUGGUAGCCAUGGUGAUGACUCUGAUCAGCCUCCUGAUGUCUGCCUGGGGGCUUCCUCUUACUCCUCAACUAAGAAAUCCCCGGGAUACUCAGCGUCAGAGUUCAAACAGAGGAAGGGUGACAUCUCCCCAUCAUUCAUCAACCCAAGCCUUCAGCAUUUCGGCAGCGAUGAGGAUGAAGAUAGUGACGGAUCCAAGGAGGGCGCUGACCAACACCAUCCAACUGACAAGGGGAAAUCACACUCUCACCAUUCCUAUGGCCACAACAGGGACAUGUUUGGAGCAAUGGCAGCCGGAAUUGCUGCAGAAGAAACACCGCCAACCUCAGUGAGCGAGUCCUUACCUUCACAGUCAGAUUCUGACGUGCCACCCGGAACAGAGGAGUCCCCAUCGAGUGAGGUAAAAGGGGCCAAUGUAGACUCAGAUGAGGAUGCUGAUUUUCUGCCAGUGGAUAAGUCCUCAGGUAUGGCUUAUGGUGGUGGAAGCUAUUAUUCUUCCUCAUCUAGGUCAUCGGGAAAAACCCAUGAUCCUCCACCUGCACCCAUGAUGGACCCAGCUCCUCGUCCUCCGGGCCCGGACGUGUGCAUGGUGGAUCCAGACACACUGAAUCUGGACCAGAACCUUUCAGAGAAGCAGCAGCUGAAGAAAGAGCUGAAGACCAAGAGUCCCAAGAAAUCGCUUGGGAAACCAAAGUCAAGUUCUCCGGCAGGCAGGCGCAAGAGGUCCCCGACUCCUGUCAAACAGACCUCGAAGGAUUCCUCACCGAGGAACACUUCACUGAAGAAGAAGGAUGUCGAGAAAUCAUCAAGGAUGUCUCGCACAUCAGACGGACAGGGAUCUAAAGAGGACGACAUGUCCAGGUCAAGCUACAACCCUGCCAAAGGGCUUGUUAAUGGAGUAAAGAGCUCUGCAGGCUCUAACUUCUCUAAAACCAGUUCCUCCGGGAGCCCAAUCUAUGUGGAUCUAGCCUACAUUCCCAAUCACUGCAGUGCAAAGAAUGUGGAUCAGGAGUUCUUUAAGCGCGUUCGCUCAGCCUACUACGUGGUGAGCGGGAAUGACACAGGAAGCGAGGAGCCAAGCCGCAGGGUUCUGGAUGCACUGCUGGAGGGGAAGGCUCACUGGGGAUCAAAUCUCCAGGUGACCCUGAUCCCCACCCACGACACAGAGGUGAUGCGUGACUGGUACCAGCAGACACACGAGAGGCAGCAGGAGCUCAACAUCAUGGUACUGGCCAGCAGCAGCACGGUGGUCAUGCAGGACGAGUCCUUCCCUGCCUGCAAGAUCGAGUUCUAAACAGCCCCCUACAGCCCUCUUCCCCAAGGUCUCUCCGCACCUUACUCGUCCUACCCUUACCCUCCCCCCACACACCCACACCCCCACACCCACACCCAAUUAACCCCAUUGACCCCAACUACUGCUCUCUGUGUGUUAGAGAUUGGCCCUUUAGAGCCUUGUUUGUGAGGUUAUUCGGUAACAGCCACGAAUCCUAGGAUGUUUCAUGUCUGGUUUUUAUUGGUUGUAGUUCUGUUUUUUUUUUCUUGUUUCUUUAAUGACGAUUUCAUUGAUGUUAGUUUUGCUAUACUGUUCUGUCAUUGCCUAAGAAAAAAAGUACUUGAGAGUGGGAAGGUACAGAGAGUUGGAUUGAUUGACAGAUUGAUCGACUGACUGACAGGCUUAAGGGGCACAGUUUACUUGUGUCUCUUGUGAGCGCUAGAGAAGAUGUGCCUUUAACUUGUGGAUGCAUUGCUGCCUUUAAGCCCAAACUAAGCGACAACAAAUGACAGAAAACAAACAAGUACUGCCUCUUCUCGACCAUACUCUACAACAACACAACACUCCAGUGUGUGUAUCUCACAGCUACCAUAUGCUCAUCUUUCCACUUCAGUGGAUGUCAGAAUAUACGGCUACACAAGUGUUCCUGGUGUUCCUGGUUAGUCAUGUGUAUAUUGUAUAUGUUGUUUUAAAUACCUCUUGACACAAACACACUUCUGAAAUAGUACAGAAACCAUAGGACUUUCAUUAGGCCGUGUGCACAAUGCUCAUUGUAGGUUGUGGUCAGUUAGAGGUUGAGAUGUUGCUAGCCUGUGCAUUCAGUCCUAGUUUUUCCUUCUGUGUGGCAGUCACAGUAUACACAAUACCCACUGAUGCAGUGCACUGGGCCUUUAAAGUGCUGUGCAUUAGACAUAGUAGUGAUCCAAGGCUGAUGAAUGGAUGUUCAUCUGGCAGUACAGUUUUGUUUAUGUACAAAAAAAGUAUAAUAUCCAGAUCCUGACUCAAACAUAUAUAGACAUAUAUAUAUAUAGACACAUAUAUACUCUCCCAGAUUUGCUAUUCACUUAACAAUCAGUUAUGUGUGUAAACUGCUAUGUUAGAGAGUACUUUGUUGGAAUAUUUCUGCCGAUCAUGACAAUUAAGUGUGGUCUAAGUAUUAUUUUGUGUAUGUUCAUUUUCUUUAACAAGGCCUAAAAGCACUAGAUUGUGUAAACGUUUAAGGUUAUGUCUUAAUAUGAGAGUCAAAUGUUUUCCAGUCUUUUAUUUAUUAUCUUGUAUUGUUGCUUUACUGGAAGGAACAAAUGUGAUUGGACUCCACAGUUGUGGAAUUUCAAUUGAGCUGAUUGUAGACUGAGCUUUGUGCUAACAGUUAGCUACAUGCCUCGUGAACAUCUUAACUCUUCAGAGUUGUUUUUAGAGACCUCAAGGAUCCUAAAUCUUUGGGGUUGUUUUGAAGCCUUUUGGAAGGUAGGGAACAGGACACUGUAUGAAAUGAUGGUAAAAUACCUUCCAUUUUACCAUUGCAUACUUCAUUCUUUCCCUGUUUUGCCAUCAAAUGAAGUUGCACUUUUCUGUUAUCAUAAUACUAUUCAGGUUGCUUUGUUGUUCCCUCACCUAAUUAAGAUAUUUUAUGCAUGUUAACGAAGAUAGCAUACUCAUCGUGACUUAUUUGACUUAUGUGAGGUGAUGUGCUUUGAGGGGGAUGAUUCCCUUAAAGAGGAACAGCAGAGGGAUGUUUGAGACCAAAUGGAAGCUGCAAGCAAUAGGAUUGCCCCCUGGGAAUGGCAACCCUGUCUUCUUCGAAAGAAGGAAAGACCUGGUUGGGACUGUCUUGACUUGUUUGACAGAGUGGGGAUUUGCACAUGGAUGCAAGACUGAAAUGGUGGCUUGGGUUUUACUUAUAUAGAUAAGCACAUUGUGAACAUCACCAGCUUGUAUGCUUUUUUGGAUAAUUCAGUGCAGAUUUCUCUUGGUAACACUGACUUAGACAGUUAUCAGUGUCACCUGGCUUGGAUAAUUAGUUUAAAUUAGGACUCGUGAAUAGUAGUUUAUAGUGAUUUUAACUUGCAAGGCAACCAUUGGCUUGUAGAUGAAAAAAAUAAGCACACACCUGAAUUGCUAAUGAUGUUUAACUUAAAAUGCAUUUGGAAGGAAAUGACCCCACACUGACUACAAACGUAUUUCACCCUGGUUAUUGCGAUUUAAGUAAUAUUGACAUUAGAUAUUAAUAUAGGGUAGCAAUAUGUAAGUUUGUUGGUAUGGGAGUCCAAUACAAGCAUGGUGAAUCACUUAUUUUGAAACACAGUUGCCAGCUGUGUGUGUGUGUGUCUGUCUAAAGGGACCAGAGUUCUAAUGGUUUGUUUUCUUUUCUGAUUGUAUGACAACAUGGACAAAGGUGCUGUUGACAGCGUCCUUUCAGUGUGAGUUGAGAUUUUAUUUGGAAUAAUGCUUUUUGAACAAAAACGGUGAUAUGUUUGCACUAACAAACUGUUGACUUGAUUGGACUUCCUCAAGUCCAUUUUCCCAAAGUUUCAGUGUCUGACCUUCUAGGAUAAAACCGGAUACUUAUUCACCAUCAAGCUAAAUUCAACCAAUAUGUGUGAUAAUCGAAAAAAAAAGUAUCUUAUGGCCCUGGAUGAUACGGCUGGAGACUCCCUCACAAUCUUAACUGCUAAUACGUUAUCCUUUGUGUCUUCUCUCUGUCUCGGAAAAUGACGAAAAAAAUGUACAACCUCAAUAGUGAACUUAACAGUGGUGCCGUUUGCAAUCCUUUAAAGGAAAAAAUACAUAAAGACGCUGGCGUGAGCUGCUAUGUGAAGUGUGUGCAACACAUACAAUAAGUGCAUGUAUAUCAUAUCACGUGGGUCCUGAAGAGUGCAAGCCAACAGCCUGCACACUUGAGCUUGUGAAUGCUAUGAUUUUUCUCCCCCUCACAUUUCUCCUUUCCCGUGACUGGUUGGCAUUGUUCAUGCAGUCCCUUCAUUGCAAAUAACGAGAAUGACAUGUGGAAGUUGGUAUGUCCAAUAAAAGCUGCAGAUCGCCCUUUUAGUUUUUCUGUGGAGGGCGUUUUUCCUCCAUUGCGCAUCAUUGCAUGGUCUCAUCAUAGACUUUCAUCUUUCAUACGAAGCAAACAGAUGAGGAUUUGUUUUCAAACUCUCCGAUAAGUCUAACCGCUCUUGUGAGGUUUCCCACUCUGACUUUUUUAAUCUGCUUUCACAAAUGUACACUUUUGGAACAAGUCACCUAGGGAUUUGUCAGUAACGGGAGGAAAGUACCAAGAACAAAACACCUGACAAACCCUGCAGAAGGAAUAGUGAUCUCAAUAGGCCAUAAGUGAUGGUAUCUGGCUGAUGAGCCUCUCUCUACACACACACCGAAAUGCAGUUGUGCUUGAAAACAGCCAAGAUGAAAAUUAACAACUCAAAUCUGUAGCAACCGACUGCCAAGAAAGAAAUAUCUCUGAAAUAAUGUAGUGUUUACAACUCAAAUAUGGAGCCUCUGGUUUAUUGGCCUUUACGACUGGUUUCAUUUUCCUUAUAGAAACAAAUGCACAGACAUCAUCACCAUCAUCAUCUUCAUCACCAUCACCACAGACCACACACUAAUGUGUGUGCCAGACUGCCAGAUCACGUGAUGAGAUCAAUAAUCACUGAUCACUUUAUCUCUAAGGGUUCUCUUCAAUUCCCCAACCCACCCAUUUUACUAAAACUUCAUAAACAACAGUAGCACCUUUUAAACCAAUCAAACUCUUCCCCUCCGUGUAGUUUCAUCUCACCCAUCUCUCCAACGCACCUGGCUUUUUUCUGCAUGUGAUUUUUUUAGGGUUAAAACAAAAACGCUGUAUGUAAUAGCUAAAAUAUCUAAUUGAAAUACUAUUUUAAAUAUGUAAGGGAAAGAGAAAUGCUAACUGUCUCUGUGGUUCUGACAUGGCACAUGCUGUGUCAUGUGAGCAUUGUGGUUUUACUGUUUUUUUUUUUCACUGUUUUUUCUUUCACUUUUUUUUCUUUGUACUUCUUUUGAUGACUUAAUUUAUGUGCAAUAUCCUGCUUUCUCUCUCUUUGAUCUCUCCUCAAAAGUGUAGAAUUUCUGCAAAUUUAUUGUUGAAAGAAAAAAAUUUAAACAAAAGCCUGGUGAUCAUCAAUAAAGUACCUUUAUGGAAAAACUUC